AUGUCUUCCUCAUCAGCGUUGGAUGCUUCCGAAGGCACACAUAGCAACAUUCAGGUGGUGUGCCGUUUCAGGCCGAUGAAUCAUCUUGAAAAGCAAAUAGAUGCGAGAGAGGCAGUUGAGAUUCAAGCAGACACUUGUAAAUUAACGAAUAAGCUCGGAAAGCACGAGUUCACGUUUGAUCAUAUAUUUAAGAGUAAUACCAAGCAAAUUGAGAUUUUCAAUUGUGUGGGGCGACCGACCGUUGAAGAUAUUUUCAAAGGGUACAAUAGUACGAUUUUUGUGUAUGGUCAAACCGGAUCAGGAAAGAGUUACACAAUGAUGGGCCCGAAUGAGGAGUUGAAGGGAUACUGUACAGAUUCGAAUCUGAAAGGGUUGAUACCUAGAAUAGUGGAAAAUAUUUUUGAAAAAGUAGAAAAUUCUGACCCAGAUAUUGAAUUUACAAUUCAAGUGUCGUAUAUUGAAAUUUAUCUAGAGAAAAUAAGAGAUUUAUUAGAUCCAACUCAACAAAAUUUAAAAAUUAAAGAGGACAAAGAGAGUGGACGAGGUGUAUAUAUUAAGGGAGCUACUGAGGAGUAUGUGACAAGUAUCGAAGAAGUGUUUGCUCUACUAAAACUUGGAGCUGGCAAUAGAGUAGUAUCUUCAACAAGAAUGAACGACGAAAGCUCUCGCUCUCACAGUAUUUUCAUUUUAACAAUCGGCCAAAAGCAUUUGGUUAAUUUAGAUUCUAAAAGUGGUAAAUUAUUUUUGGUGGAUUUAGCAGGAAGCGAAAAAGUGAAAAAGACAGGAGCUUCAGGUCAAACGUUAGAAGAAGCAAAAAAUAUCAACAAGUCUCUUUCUACCCUUGGAAUGGUAAUUAACGCUUUGACCGAUGGUGUGUCAAAAUACGUACCUUACCGAGACUCCAAGCUAACAAGACUCCUCCAAGAUAGUUUGGGAGGCAACUCACGAACAACCCUAAUUAUUAACUGCUCACUCAGCGCGUAUAACGAAGAUGAGACGCUAUCAACUCUCCGAUUUGGAUUCAGAGCCAAAAACAUCAAGAACAAGCCAAAGGUCAACAGAGAGUUGUCAGCGAAAGAGUUACAAAAGUUACUUGAUAAAGCUAAAGAAGAAAUUAAGGAUCUCAAGAAUUACAUAACUGGAUUAGAAGAAGAGUUAAAAAUAUACAAGAAAGGAGGUAUGAAAGCGACAACUCCUGUUGUAGAUACAGAGAAUUCUUCAACAAACUCUGAAUCUGAGAUGAAGAGACAAGAGUUAGAAGCUAAAUUGAAUGAAAUUCUUCCAACAAUUUCUCGAUAUAGAGAAAAAUGUUUGAUUUUGGAAAGAGAACUUGCCGAGGAGAAGAGUGAGAGGAAUAAAGUCGCCGAAGAAAUUUCCCAGCUCAAGGAUGAAAUUAAUCAAGGAAAAGAAGAAAAUAAUGCCCUAGAGGAAUCUCUGAUAAGUAUGAAGCAACAAUUAAAACAAAAAGCUGAGUAUUUGGUAGAGAUUGAGAGCUCUAGAAAUGAUUUACAAAAGCUAAUUCAGUUAAAGAGUAAUGAGUGUCAAGAGCUUCAAAACGUUAUUAAGGAAGAACGUAACACUAAGGAAUAUCAACUUAAAGAAAUGGAAUCAGACCUUAACUCAACAAAACAACAAAGCGAGAACUACAUGAAGCAGUUAAAUGAAACAAAGAUUCAACUGCUCACUCUCCAGGCACAACAAGAAGAGGAUCCUUCUUUAGAGCACAUUAUGCAAUUUUUAGAAAAGAAAUACAGAAGAGUACGAAAUCAAGCUAAACGAGCCAGAGCUGCAUCACAAGAUGUUUCCAUGAAAAAGAGUAAUUCUGCCAAUAUUUUGAGAAAAGUUAAAAAAGAUCUUUUGAGUAUCAAGAACGAUUUAGAGGAUGAUACUGAAUCAGAUGAUGAUGACGAAGAAGAGGAGGAAGACUCAGAGCAAGAACAGGAAGAAGAGACAGAAAUUCAACACAAUGAAAUUGUCAAAUUGAGUACUGAGAAUGUAAAAUCUUCUCAAACUCCUCAGCUUGCCACCAUUGAAACACAAACCGAGUUAAACAGCCCUGAAGAAGAAUAUUUUGAAUUCCCAGCCAACAUCAAUGCCAUUCCAAAUGAAAUGAUAAUAGAUAACUCUGCAGAUCAGAAACAGUUACUGGAAGCACUAGAAAAAGUUAGGAUAUUAGAGGCAGAAGUGAAAAAGAUUUCAAACGAACGAGAUGCCCUCUUGGGAGACUUGUCUAACCGUGUGCAGAAGGUCAUCGAAUUGGAGAUGCUAUUAGACGAUGUUUCUGACAAGUAUAAUACUCUCUCGAGCCACAAUAUUAUUCGAAAAUACACGAAAAAGAUUGAAUUUUUGGAGAAUAAUGUCGCAUCGAUUACAGCCUCAUUCCAAGAGUUGUACUCUGAAAAUGACGAGUUAAAACACAACAUUAAUUUGGCAGAAAAGAAGGUCAAGAUGAAGGAUGAAAGAAUUACUGAGCUCACCAAUCAAUUACUGGAGCAGAGUCAAAAAAGCAAGAAAGAUGCCGAUGCAUUUGUCGAGGAACGCUCCAAACUGAACGACAUUAUUACAGCGCUUCGAUAUGAAAACGAGGUGUUGAAAAAUGCACAAGUGGGGGCUGUGACUCUCUCAUCACUUACGUCGUUGUCAGAAAAUGAAGCAACAACAUCAACGUCGAAAGUGAGGCGUCCUGUUCGUGGCAGAGGAGGAGCGUUUAUCGUCAAGAAGAAAACCGACGAAGAUGAAUAUUUUUCGUCACCAGGUUCCACGAACGAGCUGGAUAUUGAGGUAGAAAGCCAAUCCUCCAAAUAUGCAACGAUGAGGAGUAAAAACCCACCAACUCAUCUCUCAUCCUCUCACCAUACAAAGAAAUCGGGAUUUAGUCUUCGAGAUUUAUUCUUUGGUGCAAAAUCAAAAUCAGAGACACCAAAUUCAGAGCAGCUUAAUCACACACUUGAUGACGGCAAUGAUUAA